AUGGUCAAGUUUGCGGUGGAGAAGAAGACGAAACUCGGUCGUCUGGGAAAAGUCGAAGAGUGGGGUAAAUCGAUUUCUUUGCUUCCUGUUUCUAAAAGUUUUAAAACUGCUUUUGCAAAAAGUUUAGCUUCUUCAGUAUCAUGUAAACCUCUUUUUCCGAUAGAAAAAAAGGAAUAAAAUGAAUUUAUGGAAAUAUAGAACGUACGAAGUGAAAUGGAAUGAAUGGAAAUGAAUGAAUGAUUGGAAAUUGAAUAGAUUUUCCUCGUGCUUCUUCAAAAACUUAAUAUUUUGUGAAUCAUUCAGCUCCUGAUAGUAUCAUCAAGGAAACAUGAGAAGAGAAGUAUAGCACGAAUAUUUUAUUUCUGUUUCUUUUCAGGCGAUGUGCCGCUGAGCCACGCGACGCCGAGCUACAUGACCUAUCUCCGUGGCGGCCACAUUCCGCACUUGACGUGGGACGUCGCCGAAAAACGCCUCAGUCUCAGCCAAACUCCCAUUUAUCAGCUCACUCUACCUUCUCUGUUCGUCUCAUUUUAUUUUUUUCAUUUGUUUCUCAGUUAUACUCGCUUUUCUCGAAGUAUUUUGCCUAUUUUCAAGCCAUUAUUUUUAGAGUGAACAUGGCGGAAGUCAUCAAGAAGUUCGGGAAAGGAGCGCCGAAGUUCUGCGGAAUGCCGGUAAUCAUGAAAACUUUGAAAUUAGUUGAUCAUGUGUGUUUAGAAAGGUUCCGCAGUACAUUUAGCGGUUCACGAUCCUUUGAAGGACUAUCCUAGUGGAUACAAUACAACUAAAUCGGUGGCUAUUUGGACCAAGAAUGGCAAAUGUUCGGUUAGUUUUGGUCAUGUGUAAAUUAUAAAAAAAAGUUUAUUAAAAUUCUCAAGGGCUUGGAAGAAUUUAAUUUUUCAAAUUUUCGUUGCCCAUUUAUACAUGGGCAAUUGAACAACUCAAUGCGUCAUAAAAAUAUUUAAAAGUAGGGUAUAAAUAUUAGUUUUAAUCCCAGGAAGGUAGUAUUGGCAAAAAUAAAAGUAUUUUCAACAUCAGGAGUCAGUCAUGGAAUUUUGGGAGGAAGGGUCGACGACCUUGAAAAAUAUUCUGGCCCAGAGCAGCUGA